UAGACUGUCUCUGUCAUAUCUGGCACUUAUGAACGUGGAAACUCUUCGGAUCAAGUAAUAUUCAACUGACAUGAUCUUAAAAUACAUUUGUAAUUUCUAUAUAAAAAUUUCAUUCAUGACGAAUAUGUCCAGAUUGCAGUUGUAGAUUGACGCUACGAUGUCGUGGUUGGCAUAGUGUGGAUGUUUAUAUAGAUUGGCUCACAAGAUGUACAUUAAUUAUGUAAACCCGAAUGAACGUGAUGAGUAUUUAGGUUAUCUCUAAACUAUUCCAAUGGAAUAGGGCGUUAGUUCGGAAGAACUGUAUACAUUUUUCGGGUUGUGGGACCCAGCGAACGUUCUAACCAGUUAGUACCUGACAGUAUAGCCCUGCUGGUAAAGAGCCGGGAAAGUGAAGAUGACCAUUUGUUUCUUCCAAGGAAAAAACUCGGACCUUUAUAUGUGCACAUUUUACAGCAUGUAUGGCAUAGCGCUAAGGCAUGGUCAACUUUGCCAUAUUGUUAGUUGUUCAUUCAGUACAGUAUGCAAAUUGAAUAAUAAGUAAAUAAAGGAAGAUGUAACCGAACUAACAAUGAAUUCUCCCAAGUACAUAUCAUGUCUACACCCAGAACAGGAGUUACAGUUUCAGCUUAAAGUGCACACAUCUCUUGAUGUUGUUGAAGAAAAGCUUUCCUCUGUUGGUAAAACCAGUGGAGAUGUGAGAGAAUUGUAUCUUGGUCUGUUGUAUUCCACAGAAGAACAUAAGAUAUUUGGUUAUGUAACAAAUACCAAAAUCAAAUUCAUUAUAGUGGUGGAAUCAUCCAACACUUUACUUCGUGACAAUGAAGUAAGAAUGAUGUUUCGAAAGCUUCAUAGUCUAUAUACAGAUGUUGUGUGCAAUCCCUUCUAUAUCCCUUGUGAUCAUGUUAUUUCCACGAAUUUUGAUACCACAGUGAAGAAUAUAAUGACUGGAAAUGCAUGAGUUUGAAUAAAUGUGUUUGGAACAUGUAUUCAUUAUUCAAAUGAAAUAAGUAAUUUGUUAUGAAUUUCCUUACUGUGUUGUAAAAUUCGAUACCCCUGUACUGGUUGAUGCAAGAAUGACAAUGAAAGAAGUAUAUUUAUAUAUAUAUAUA